UCACAGUGCAUGGGAUCAGCGAUGAAGAACAGAGUCAGUCUUUUGACGAUGCGGCAAGACGAUUGGCUAAUUGGUUAUCAUUAAUGAACAGCAACCACCAAAUGUUCUUUAUUCCUUGGAAUAUCGGGAUGCAUUGGACGCUAGUGGUGGUUGCGCCAAAGAAAAUUAUCCAUUUAAACCCUCUAAAAGGCCGCCCAAUUCCCGAAGAAAUAGAACAAAUGAUCGGAAGGGCAUUCAUGUAUAUAGGGGACGCACAUCAGUAUCUUGGCCCGUGGCAAGGAAUUGCACAAGCAAACUGUCCAAGACAACCUAAAAGCCAAGAAUGCGGUUUUUAUGUUUUGAAAUAUAUGACUGACAUCGUCGCACGUGCCAACCCCAACCGUUACAUAAUAGAAGAUCAAAAAGCUUUUGGGGGUAAGAAGCAAUACGAUCCAAAAACAGAAAUUUUACCACUACAGCGAAAGUGGAUCGAACAAUUGAUGGCGGUGAUUCACGGUGACGAUUGAGGUUCAAAGGUCGAAGAAUUUUUCUUCAUUAUGUAAUUUUUAUAGAUUAACUUGUAAUUAGAUUUAUUAACUUAUUAAUAUUUUUAACUAAUUUUACAUGUUUGUGUAAUAUUUAAUUAUUUUUAUGAAAUCAAAUUAUGUUUU